AUGAGCGAUCAAUAUGAUGAUGAUAUAGUAUGGUGGGGAUUCAGUUCAUGUACAGAGAGUGUGGAUGUGAUGGAGCAAUUUGUUGGAAAGUCAGGUGUACGAACUUUAUUCAAUAUUGAAUGUAUUAAUGGCAAAGCUAUCCGAGCUCAUUCACACUAUAAAAAAGAAAGCGAAAUUCUUCUUCUACCUGGCACUUAUCUUCGUGUUGUGGGUAAAUGGAGUCCAGCUAAGGACUUAUACAUCAUUCAUUUGCGUGAGACACCUGCACCACGACCAUUCCUUGAACCGCCUUUCGCAUCAGCAACAUCGGACACAUCCGUUUCGACAGCAUCGGCAACAACUAUGGAAACAGCAGCUAAACAAAAUGUUGCCAUUUCGAAAGCCGAAGGUCUACCAAGUGGUGCUGCUACAGCAUCAUCCAUCAAACCAAAAAGUAAGCGUUUUUUUCAUUCUAUCCGGCAUAUUUCUGUAGAGAAUUCUCAGUGUAAUAUUCAAUAGUAGGACACGAGUAUGUACAGAAUUGAAGCUAACAAAUAUUUCGUUUAUCGAGGCCAGCUGAAAAAGUUUUUAAAUUAGAGACAAGCUUGUGGGAGUGAGCUCUAAUGUGGAUGUUAAACGAAAAGCUCACUAGUUUUUGCAGAUGUUUAUGAAGCUUGCAGCUUUAUCUAGGUCCGAUCUUAACAAAAUCUAUAUUCUUUUAAUUCAUUUAUAGUGUAUUGAAGAACCCAAAACUUCAAAUAAAAACAUAAUGUAUUUAACAUCAAAAUAAUGAAAAGUUAACUAGUGAGACAUCAUCAGAUUAAAAAAAAUGAAAAUUCCAUGCAUGAAAUGAACAUUUUAAUGUUUUUUAUAAACUCAUCAAUACGUCUUGAGUGUCAAUUAUAGAAUAUCAAAAACAAUUACUUUCAAUCCCAUCACUACGAGAUUAAAGUAUAAAAUGAGGUGGAACUAUUUGAACUGUUAAUAAGAAUCAGCGAUAAUAACGCUACAUGUGGAUAUGUCUAUCAUAGUAACCUAUGAUGAGUACCACAAGAUCAUAUAUCAGCAAACAAAAGUGGAGUUUUUAUAUUUCUGAAUUCGACACAUCUGAGAUAUUCAAUACUUGAAGAUAGAUUUCAAGAUUAGCAUGUAUGAGGUUGUAGGACAGAAUGGAAACAUUGAUUUUUCAUCAUAAAUAAUUCAGCCAGCAUUGUCAAUUUUGCUUGAUAGAGAAGAAACUAUCAAAUUUGUGUUGAAGUUACUCAGAAUGUUGACAACUUUCAUUUAGAACGCCAAGAAUUCGCUACAUCUGGGACGUACAAGAAACUGAAUCAAAAUGAAUCAUUACUGGUGUGGUGUUUGAUUUAUACGACAUUUUGAAUUGUUUUCUCCAAACAGAGAAAAGUACAUGAAUAAAACUAUUGUUAUAAGCAUUCAUCUAUUCUAUGAGUUUUCAACACUUGACUAUAACAAAGGUUUUCACUUGCAAGAAGUAAAAUAAGUGAAUAAGAGGUUAAGGGUCGUACUAUUCAGUCAUUUCUUAUGUAACCUCUACUCCAUUGAAGAAAUUUUGAAUUUACUCUGAGAAAACCAAUAUAAACGAACAUCGUCGUCCUAAAGAUUAUUCAACAGUCAAAAAAUUUCAAUUAUAUGGUCGACUUGAACGAGUUCGUCCUUAAUGAACAUGUUUUUUGAAUAGAACACUUGUGCCAAUUGUGGCAAAUGCCGUGAUGAUCAUUCAUUUUUCACAGGACCUUAAAUUUAUAGACAAACUGCGGAUCUUAAAUUCGAAGUAAAACCAUUAUAAACGAACAGAACAUUGAUUUAAUUGAUUCCUUUGAUAGUUCAUCUUCUUUAUGCUUAACAACUGAGUCAUGGUGCUUUGAAGUGAAUGGAAUAGAUGAAUACGACUGUUGGUACUAUUCAAAUCAUUCAUUUGGCAUGCAAGCAUCGAUGUUCCAUCGAAUUGCAAUAGUAACUAAAAUGCAGAGAAAAUAGAUCAACAAAACCUACGGGCGAUGAUAAUUAUCUAUUUAACAGAUGAUUCUCGAUAAGUUUAUCUUUGUUGAAUUCUUGCUUUCAUGUACGUAAAACAGAUGAACAAAAUCAUCUAACAAGUUGGAAAUGGAUCAUGAUGAUUUGUUUGUGGUACGAUCAUCGCACACCUUCGUCAAUCGAAAACUUUCGAUCGUAUCAAGUAAUAUAAGUGAACAGAUCAUCCAGAAUCAGAAUGAUUCCUUUUUUAUCUGCACUUUUAUUAACUUGGGGACUCACAUUAUGAUAAACAAAGUGAGUGUCAUGAAUAAACAAGACCAUUACAAGAAUUAUGAUCAGUCCUGCACCUUAUUAUCUUUCAAAGUAGCUUAU